UGACUUCAGGCUUUACUGACUGUGGUCCCUUUAUUUAUCCCUAAUCUUGCCUUUGUCUGGAGAUCUGUUUCACCCAGUCUUUAAGAGUAAGUAUAGAGUACCAUCCUGGGAGCCCCAGCUGGUCCUGGUCUUGCAGCCUGCCAGGAAGGCUGCCUGGAGGAGGUGUCGCCUGUAGUAGCAGCAGUGGUGCAUCCCCUGUUUCCUGGACCACAGCUUCCUUACUGCCAGGUUUGUCCAUCUGUCCAUCCAUCUGCUGCGGUCCACAAUGGCCACCUUCAGCCGUCAGGAAUUUUUCCAACAACUGCUGCAGGGCUGUCUCCUGCCUACUGCCCAGCAGGGCCUUGACCAGAUCUGGCUGCUACUUGCCAUCUGCCUCGCCUGCCGUCUCCUCUGGAGGCUUGGGUUGCCAUCUUACCUGAAGCAUGCAAGCGCUGUGGCAGGUGGGUUCUUCAGCCUGUACCACUUCUUCCAGCUGCACAUGGUUUGGGUCGUGCUGCUCAGCCUUCUGUGCUACCUUGUGCUGUUCCUCUGCCAACAUUCUUCCCAUCGUGGCAUCUUCCUCUCCAUCACCAUCCUAAGCUACCUACUUAUGGGUGAAACGUACAUGGUGGACACUGUGACAUGGCACAAGAUGCGAGGGGCCCAGAUGAUUGUGGCCAUGAAGGUGAUAUCUUUGGGCUUUGACCUGGACCGCAGUGAGGUGGGUGUGGUGCCCUCACUCAUGGAGUUCUUGGGCUACCUCUACUUCGUGGGCACCAUCAUCUUUGGGCCCUGGAUAUCCUUCCACAGCUACGUACAGGCUAUCCAAGGCCGCCCGCUAAGCAGACAGUGGCUGCAGAAAGUGACCCAGAGCCUGGUACUGGCCCUGCUGUGUCUUGUACUGUCAACCUGUGUGGGCCCCUACCUUUUCCCAUACUUCAUCCCCCUUGAUGGUGACCACCUCCUUCGCAAGUGGCUGCGAGCUUACGAGAGUGCUGUCUCCUUCCACUUCAGCAACUAUUUUGUGGGCUUUCUGUCCGAGGCCACAGCCACGUUGGCUGGGGCCGGCUUCACCGAAGAGAAGGAUCACCUGGAAUGGGACCUAACAGUCUCUAAGCCACUGAAUGUGGAGCUGCCCCGAUCCAUGGUAGAAGUUGUCACAAGCUGGAACCUGCCCAUGUCUUACUGGCUAAAUAACUAUGUUUUCAAGAAUGCUCUCCACAUGGGGACCUUCUCAGCUGUGCUGGUCACCUAUGCAGCCAGCGCCCUCCUGCACGGCUUUAGCUUCCACCUGGCUGCCGUGCUGCUGUCCCUGGCGUUUAUCACUUACGUAGAACACGUCCUCCGAAAGCGCCUGGCUCGGAUCCUCAGUGCCUGUGUCUUAUCAAAACGAUGCCCACCAGACUGUUCACACCAGCAUCGCUUGGGCCUGGCUGUGCGAGCCCUAAACCUGCUCUUUGGGGCCCUGACCAUCUUCCACCUGGCCUAUCUGGGUUCCCUGUUUGAUGUUGAUGUAGAUGACACCACAGAAGAGCAGGGUUACAGCAUGGGAUACACUGUCCACAAGUGGUCAGAACUCAGCUGGGCCAGUCACUGGGUCACUUUUGGAUGCUGGAUCUUCUACCGUCUCAUAGGCUGAGGCACAGCUGUGGACCUCACAGCUCCCUCAAAAACCCUCCUCCAAGGUUCUAGCUCUGAUGGGGGAUGAGGGAAAGCCUUCUAAUUCUUGGCCCUCUCUCCAUCCUUGAUUCCUCCCACCAGCAUCCCCCCCCCCCCCCCCCCCGCCACAUACACACACCAUUUCCAUGUUUGUCAAUCCUCACCUCACCGUAGGACAGGCAAGGAGUGGUCCCUGCUGUGGGCCUAGGAGUGGGAGAUGCUUGGGGAAGCAGAAAGGGGGAGAUCCAGGGCCUCUCCACCUUUCUUGUCCUUUUUUUUUUUUAGUUUGUUAUUAUCAGAUGAAAGUAGGAACUUUUU